AUGAUAAUAAAUAAUUUAAAAACAAAUAAAAUUUUCUUCGUAUUUUCUAAAAAAUUUGUAAUCAAUUUAAUAAUACCAAAAAAAAAAAUAGAAAUGAAGUUUUAAAAUAAAUUUUAUAAAUUAAAUGAUUUUUUAAGCACUGAUUUUUCUUAGCUCACCAUUACUGAAAUUGUUUUAACAGAUAAAAUCAAUACUAGUAAAGAAUGGAUAUCUGAUGCAGGUUCUGGUUUAGCAAAAUGCACUAAUCUCUCUAUUUUAUAACUGAUAUUAAACAAUAAUUAAAUUGAGGAUUAUAAUUUGUAAGCCAUAAGCUCUGCUUUAGGAAAAUGCAUUAACCUCUCAAAAUUAUAUUUAUACUUGGGUUAAAAUUUAAUUGGAGAUAUUAGUGCAUUAAAUUUAGGUUUAGAAUUAGUUAAACUCUGUAAUCUCACUGAUUUGGUGCUUUAUCUUUACAACAAUAAAAUAGGAAUAAAGGGUGCCUCAGACUUAGUUUCUGCUUUAGCAAAAUGCAUUAAACUGUCAAAUUUGAAAUUAUAUCUCAUCCUUAAUUUUGGUGAGGAAGAUGGAUUAGAUUUUUGUUAAGCUCUAGCAUAGUUUAGCAAUUUAUCAACUUUAGAACUCUAUUUAGAAGAGAGCUAAAUUAGUCCAAAAAUAGCUUUAGAAUUAGGUUCAUCUUUAGCAAGUUGCUGUAAUCUCAAAAAUUUAAAACUGCAACUCUAUGGUAAUUAAAUUGGAUCAGAAGGGGCAUUUAAUUUAUGUUCUACUUUAGCAAACAACACUUAUCUCUAGAAUUUGGAACUUGAUCUAUCUUAUAAUUAAAUUGAUGAUACAGGUUUAUCACUCUUAAGUUCUAAUUUAGUUAAAUUCAUAAAUCUCUCAACUUUACAUUUAGGGCUUAGUGAAAAUUAAAUUGGCACAAAAGGUCUAUCAGAGUUAACUUAAGCUUUAGAAAAAUGCCCAAAUAUAUCAAAUUUGAUACUCAGUCUCGAAAACAAUUAAAUUAAUGAUGUAGGUUUAUUAACUAUAAGUUCCGGCUUAGCAAAGUGCUUAAAUAUUUUAACUUUAAAGCUUUUUAUUUACUUCAAUAGUUAUAGCGGUGAAUCAAAAUUAAAAUUUAGAAGGAAGAUUCUUAAACUAAAUAGACUAGUAUAUGAACACUUAUUAUUAUGA